AUGGCGGCCCCGGGGAGCCUAGAGAGGCGCCUGUCGGUGCACCAGACCGGUGCAGACGACGACUUGGACGCCCUCUCCCGGCCGAUCCUCACCCGGCGGAAGGACUUCAUCGAUAAGGAUGAGGAAGCGCGGAAAUCGCCCAACCGGGUCCUUUAUUUCAGGCGCAACGCUGACUACGAUCGCCUGAUCGAGGCGUGCGGGCGCAAACUCCGUGAUAACCCGCGUAACGUCCGUGCCCUGCUGAUCAGGGCAUCGUCAUACAGUAAAAAGGGCGCGCUGCAGGAGGCCCUCGACGACUACGGCGCCGUGCUGCGCCUGGAGCCGCGCAGCGUCGACGCGCUGUACCACCGCGGCGCGCUGCACGAGAAGCUGGGGGGCCUGGACGACGCGAUCCGCGACUUCUCGGCGGUGCUGACGCUGGACCCCAACCACGUGAAGGCGGGCUACGCGCGCGGGGCGUGCCGCAACCUCAAGGGCGACUUUUUCGAGGCCAUCGAGGACUACCGCUAUGCGCUGGAGCGGGACCGGAAGCCGCAAAAGGCGCGGCGUCCCAGCCUGCGGGAGGGCCUGCUCUCAAGGGGCGCGCUGCCAUCGGGGAUGGGGUCCCUUACCAUCUCAACAGCCAACAGCGUCACCACCAGCAGCGAGUUCGGGUCCGGCCUGGCCUCGGGGCGCGAGGAUGGUGCCGCGCUCAUCAGCGGCGGGCAGCCCUUGCCCGGCGGCAUCCUCAGCAGCAGCAGCAGCAGCGGCCACCCCCGGCCGCGUCCUGGGCAACAGCAGCAGCAGCAGCAGCAGCAGCAGCACCACCAUCAGCAGCAGCGGCGCCCCAGCAACGGGCACGCGCGGGACGGCGGCGGCGGCGACUCCGUAUUGUGGUCAAACCAGGCGUUUGACUCGGCGCGGGCAGCGCCACACGACUGCGGCAGCCCAACCUGCAGCUCGCCCCACAUGUCGCGGGACGCGUCAUACGCAAACUUGGCAGGGGCGACUGCGGCGCAGCUGCUACCUGGUGCGGCAUCUGCAGCAGCAGCAGCAGCAGCAGCAGCAGCAGCAGCAGCGGCAGCAGCGGCAGCAGCGGCCGCGGCCGGCGGCAGCAGCGGCUUCAGCAGCGGCGCCCUGGGCCAGGUGCCACACCACCAGCAGCAGCAGCGGCAGCAGCACCAACAGCAGCAGCAGCAGCAGCAGCAGCCGCAGCAGCCGCAGCAACAGCAGCAACAGCAGCAGCAACGUGGCGUGGAUCCUGCAACCAGGUCCAAGCUCGCGGAGCAGCACCACGCGCGCGGCUACGCGGCGCGCAAGCAGGGGCGGUUCGACGUGGCGGUGGAGGAGUACUCGCGGACGCUGGCGCUGGAGCCAGGCCACUUCAAGGCGCUCUUCAACCGCGGGUUCAGCUACGACAAGCUGGGCCAGUAUGCCCUGGCGGUCAGCGACUACUCCGCCGCCCUGGAGCUCUGCCCCGACAACAGCUUCGCGCUGUACAACCGCGGCAUCACCAAGGACCGCAUGGGCGACUACCCCGGCGCCGUCGACGACUUCACGGCCGCGGCAGCGCUGGACCCGACAAACGCGGACUUUUACCACAACCGCGGCUUCUCGCUGCGCAAGCAGGGGCGGUUCGAGGCGGCGAUCCUGGAUUACACGCGGGCGAUAGAGCUGAACCCGGGGCACUGCCGCGCGUACUACAACCGUGCGUUCAGCAGGGACCGCCUGGGCCGCUGCGAGGAGGCGAUAGCUGACUACACGCAGGCGCUGGAGAUUGAGCCGGGCAACCCUGCUGCCCUGCACAACCGCGGCAGCCUGUACGAGCGGCUGGGAAGGCUGCAGGAGGCGCUGGUGGACUUUGACCAGGCCGUAGCCAUGGACGCCAGCAGCGCCCUCAGCUACAGCUCGCGCGCGCUGCUGCUCGAGCGCCUGGGCCGCCCGGACCGCGCGCUGCCGGACCACGACCGCGCGCUGGCGCUGGAGCCCGCAAACAGCGCGUACCUGAAGCACCGCGGCCUGUGCUGCAGGACGCUGGGGCAGUACGCCGCCGCGAUCGCGGACUUCACGCGGCUGAUUGACCUGUUGCCUGACGACGCCUCUGGCUACAGCAACCGCGGCUACGCAUACCGCAAGCUCGGCAACUACACCGCCGCCGUCGACGACUACACCGCCGCAAUUGCGCGCUGCGGCAGCACCGUGCGGCUGCACAACAACCGCGCGUACUGCCUGGCCAAGCUGGGCAGCUACCAGGAGGCGAUUCAGGAUUACUCGUCCGUCCUGGAGAUCGACGCGGCCAACGUCCACGCAUUCCACAACCGUGGCAUCUCGUACGACAAGCUUGGCCUGUUUGAGCAGGCCGUCGCCGACUUCAACACAGUGAUUGAGAUGGAGCCGACCAACAGCGUGGCGUACUUCAACCGCGGCUCCACCUUUGACUCCAUGGGCGCGCACGAUCAGGCGGUGGCGGACUUUGGGCGUGCCCUCGAGCUGGACCCUGGCGCCCGCACGCCUGACCCUGCGGCCGGCGACGGGGCGCAAGAGCAGCUGUAG